GACGAGGGCCGCCCAGCCAUGUUGAGGAGUCUGUCAAGCAAACUGCAGCCCGCCAUUGUGUAGAAACCAGGCUCUAUAGAGAGAUAGGGGCGCUUGGGUGAAACUCUUCAAUAGCUAGACCAAUUCUGCACCCUGCCGCUUUUAUUUAGGAGUAAAUACAGUUACACAGACUCCGGGGGGGAAAGACAUGUCAGCCAGCAGCCUUCUUGAACAGAGACCGAAAGGCCAAGCUAAUAAAGUGCAAAACGGAGCUGUGACCCAAAAGGAUACCUUGAAUGACGAUGAGUUUGAGCCUUACCUGAAUACUCAGGCCAGACAGAGCAAUGCCUAUACGGCCAUGUCGGACUCGUACAUGCCCAGCUACUACAGCCCCUCCAUAGGAUUUUCCUACUCCUUAAAUGAGGCAGCAUGGUCCACAGGUGGGGACCCUCCUAUGCCUUACCUGGCCUCCUAUGGACAGUUGAGCAAUGGGGAGCCCCACUACCUCCCGGACGCUAUGUUUGGCCAGCCAGGCCCCCUGGGGAGCAAUCCUUUCCUUGGCCAGCACGGUUUCAACUUCUUCCCCAGUGGCAUCGACUUCUCGGCAUGGGGCAAUAACAGCUCUCAGGGACAGUCGGGGACACCGCAAAGCUCUGGCUACAGCAGCAGCUAUGCCUAUGCUCCCAGCUCACUUGGGGGUGCCAUGAUCGAUGGACAGUCCCCGUUUGCACCUGCUGCCAAUGAGCCCCUGAACAAGGCACCUGGUAUGAACAGCCUUGACCAGGGCAUGGCAGGGCUCAAGAUCGGUGGUGCCGCUCCUGGUGGUAAUGGGGACAUGGCUCCUAAGGUGGUUGGCUCUGGUUUACCUGGUGGGGGUCCCCUUGGCCCUGUAUCAUCUGUAGGACCUCCCAGCAUGCCUCCUGUCUCAAUUGCCCCUGCCAAGCCUGCCUCCUGGGCCGAUAUUGCCAGCAAGCCAGCCAAGCCUCAACCUAAGCUGAAAACCAAGGGUGGCAUGGCCGGUGCCAAUUUGCCUCCUCCGCCCAUUAAACACAACAUGGACAUCGGCACUUGGGACAACAAGGGCAACAUGCCUAAAGCUGCCACCCCACAGCAGGUGCCCCCUAUUCCCAGCAACGGGCAGCCGCCCAAUCAGGCUUCCCCACAGCCAGGAGCUACUGCUGUAGGGAACCCACAAAUGCCCCUCAGCAAUGGACAGCUGGUACUCCCGGUUUCCCAGAUGGGGCAGCAUCAGCUUCCACCCAGUGGGCAACCAGGUAUGGGUCAGAUGCCCCAGCCUCCUCUUUCCCAGGGUCCUCCUCCCAGCCAACAGCAACCAUCUCAACCUACUCGUUGGGUCCCUCCACGGAACCGGGCCAAUGGAUUUGGGGAUGGCAGUGGGAGUGGUACAGGCCAGUCACCUCCCACUUCGUCUGGUGUGGGUGUGGUUCCGGGAGUCUCCUCUGAGCCUCACCCAGUCUUAGAGAAGUUGCGCAUGGUCAACAAUUAUAACCCCAAGGACUUUGACUGGAAUCCCAAGCAGGGUAGAGUGUUUAUCAUCAAGAGCUACUCCGAGGAUGACAUCCACCGCUCCAUCAAGUAUAACAUCUGGUGCAGCACGGAGCAUGGCAACAAAAGGCUUGAUGCAGCUUACCGUUCAUUGGGUGGUAAAGGGCCGCUUUAUCUUCUGUUCAGUGUCAAUGGGAGUGGUCACUUCUGUGGCGUAGCAGAGAUGCGCUCACCCGUGGACUAUAACACGUCUGCUGGCGUGUGGUCACAGGACAAGUGGAAGGGUCGUUUUGAUGUGCGCUGGAUCUUUGUUAAGGACGUUCCCAACAGUCAGCUACGGCACAUUCGACUAGAGAACAACGAAAACAAGCCAGUGACCAACUCUCGGGACACACAGGAGGUACCACUGGACAAGGCCAGGCAGGUGCUAAAGAUCAUCGCUGGAUAUAAACACACCACUUCCAUCUUCGAUGACUUUUCUCACUACGAGAAGCGUCAGGAGGAGGAAGAGUGUGUGAAAAAGGUGGAGGUCCAAGGCAGUGAGCCAUAUCCCAGCAACCCAAGCAACAGGAGUCAUUACAGGCUGCAGGAGCGCCAAGGACGAGUCAAGUAACAGUUGGUGCUUUGGUCAAAAGACUGCAAUGCCCCCCUCCCCUCCCCCAAAAAGCCCUGCCCACCCUAUCAUUACAUCCAGAUCUCUCUAAGAAAUUCUAAUAGGGGUGAAGAAUUAACUAAGGACAAAAAACUAAAUGAAGACAUUCUUGAUUUCUUUUGACUUUAAAGACUUACUUCGAACUUGUAGUAAAAAGAAAAGGAAACGAUUAUUCAUAGGACUACAAAUAAAUGCAUAGCAUCCUUAGGUGAAAUCUUUUUUGCCCCACCCCAUUCCAUUACAUAUGCUUUUCCCUUGUAUGCUGCUUUUUCCUUCUUUUCUUUUUUUUUAAGAAAGGAUCAUCCUGUUUUUAUGGUCCAAGAGCAAGUCUGUAAUUCUCACACAAACACACAAAUCCAAUAGAAAUUCGUAGUGUUGGCUUAUAAUAGUGUCCCAAAGGCAAGAAUGGGCAGUUUGUCUCAUUUUCUUUGUAAACCCCUUCUCACCCCUUGUCUUCUGAUGAUGCUCACAUCUUUAACAAAGACCCAGUGGAGUUUCCUAAGUGGAUUUUCAUCGUAUACUGGUAUCAACUGCGCUCACUCCAGAAUCUGUUUCGUACAUGCUUGCCAUGGUUUUGUUUGAGAGGACUACUAUGUUCAGGAUGGCCCUCUAUUUUGUUUUCGCAUGUGGAAUGUUGGACUGUGUGGGAAAGGUGGAGUACGGAGGAUCUGGAGAGGAAGAGUAGGGUGGGGGGGGGGGGUCAAGAGUUUGAAAGCAGAAGAAAUGUUAUGUUGAUGAGCCUUGCUCAGUGUAUAAUUUUUAUGGUCUAAAAAAAAUUGGGGCCCUCUGUUAACAGUCUUCAUUGGACUUUAUUUACCCUCUUUUUCUUUCUCUUGGACAAAUUAAUUCAUCGUUGCUAUGGGCUGCUUUUGUUUUUUCUCUUUCCUCCAUUUUCUAAAAACAGUGAUGCGAGUGGCCUUGCCCCCACUCUUUCUAUUAAUCAGUUCAAAAGUAAUAAAUGUGGUAUAUUAAGCAGAACUGGUGUGCAUUCCCCUUGUUUGACUGUGUACCGCAAUUUUGUCAUGCAGCGCGUCUGUGCAUUCCUUUCAUCUGUUUUUCUUUUCCCAGAUGGGUAUACGAAUGAAUGUUUCUCUGCUAACCUUCAUACUCAACCCGUCCACUCCCCAACCUGACCCAUUUUCACCUGCAUUUCUUACCUCUCUAUUUUCCAAACCCACCUUGUCCCCCACACUCCAUUUCUGACUGUUCAGCCAACCAUACACACUAUAAUAUCACAAUCAGCUUCCACCAUUUUCAGAAUGAAAUUGUUGGGAGUAAAAAAUAAAUAAAUUGCAAGGUCCUCUUUCAGAACUACUGGCUUUUAUUUGUGGCAUAAUAAAGAUGCUCCACAAAGUGGUGUGUGGGUUUUUCUCAUUCGCUUUUUUUCCUUUUCUUUUUUUCUUUAGUCACAUGGGUGGCUUGUUGAACCUGACUACUUGUGUGGUAUCAUUUUCCUUUAAAACAGGCGGAACAUAAUCCAUGUUUGGAUAUCCCAAAUGCUGUUUUCCCAUGCUGUACUUGUAAUGUUUUGUGGUAGUACACCCUCUGAAAUUUAACUUAUUUUUGCAAGAUGGACUAUAUGUAUUUUUACGUUACCAUCUAGGCUCUAUCAAUUUUUUUAAGUUGUGAAAAUGUGAUGCCCAGGGGAAAUGUUUAAAUCCUGUCUUGUAUA